GGAUCGCCGGUUCUGACUUGGCAGCCUCGCACUCCUGCACCAUUGGGAUCCAGGAGGCAAAGGGAGAGAUGGGUGGCUCCAAGAGCAGUCUUGCCUUCCUCGUUUUGCUUCUGAUUGUCUUGUUGAGCGGGACGUCCAGCGACGCUCAUUCUCUUUCCUAUAAUUUCACCAUCAAUCCUCGGCCCAGACCUGGUCAGCCAUGGUAUGAGGUUCAAGGCGAAGUGGAUCAAAAGGUCUUUCUCUCCUAUGACUGUGGUACAGCUGAGAUCAAGUACUUGAGUCCCUUGGGAGAGGAAGUGAAAAGUAUGAACGCCUGGGAAACACAGGCUGGCACGCUGAGGGACAUUGGAGACUUGCUCAAGGAGCACGUGUCUGACGUUACCCCGGAGAGAUACACAGACAAGGGCCCUCUGACCCUGCAGGCCAGGAUGACGUGCUGGAGUAAACACAACGGACACAUCAAUGGAUCCUGGCAGUUUGGCUUCAAUGGAAAACUGUCCCUCCUCUUUGAUUCAGAGAAUGGACAUUGGAAAGUGGUUCAUCCUGGAGGGAGAUGGAUGAAAGAGAAGUGGGAGAAAGAUAGAACUGUUACUGACUUCUUCAAGAAGCUCUCCAUGGGAGACUGUCGGCGCUGGUAUCAGGCUUUCUUGGAGCGCUGGGAGAGAAUGUUGAAGACCACGGCAUCACCGACCACGGGUCCCCCUACAGUCCAGUCCUCGGCCCCAGCCAUCAGUCCCGUCACCUGGAUCCUCCUCGUGGUCCUCACCAGUUUCAUCAUAACUGUCUUCCGGGGCUGAGUCCUUUCCAGGAACAGGAGAUGGUGCUCCCAGGAAGCCCGACAGGUGCUAUGUCUGCCUUUCUUCUGCUCUUCACUUAGAUCCAGGAGAUCAGACCCCAUGGAUCCUGAGUCUGUUUUCCGGUUAUGAUAACACAGUAGACGCAUCAUCUCAUGAGCUUUAUCACAUUUGAUGAAAUCCUACUCAGCAUCUCUGAAAAAAAACAACACAGAAUCAAUUUAUUUCACUUUCUUCUGGUGCUAAGCGAUGGAAUUUCUGCACUGAAAUGUCCAGGUACUUGAAGAAAUCUCCACAAACAGGACAUUUUUCAUCGUAUUCUAGUUUGUGGUUAAUUAGACUCAGCCUCAUGACCUUGUUCUUGCAAAUGGUAUUGCAAGAAAAAUACCAUCUGGUAUUAUAGGACUCAGGGAUUCUUUCUGUGUCUAGAGAAAUCACCUCAUCCUAUUUUCAAUAGAGCGAAGUUUUGGUUAUGACUGUUCACUUAAUAAUUUAUUAUGCUGAAAGUGCAAGUGUUAGUCACUCAGUUGUGUCUGACUCUUUGUGACCCCGUCGACUGUAGCCCGCCAGGCUCCUCUGUCCAUGGGAUGCUCCAGGCAAGAACACUGAAGUGGGUUGCUGUUUCCUUCUCCAGGGACCUCUCCAACUCAGGGAUUGAACCCGCAUCUCCUGUGUCUCCUGUAUUGACAGGCAGAUUCUUUACCAUCUGAGCCACUGGGGAAGCCCAUUUAUUAUGCUGCUGCUAUUUAAAUCAAAAUCUCAGUACUCCAGAAAACUUGCAGUAUUUAAGUUUCUCUCUUACUAGAGAAGUCAUGAUGUGUCACCAUUUCUCCACCUUAUGGGAUUAAAUGUACCUGGUGCUUCUGAGAAAACAUGGUCUGAGUGGAUGCGUGUGCCCUGUGUUCAUGGCAGCGCUGUUCCCAGCGGCCAGGCCUGGAAGCCACCUCAUGUCCACUGACAGAUGAAUGGAGAGAGAAAAUGUGGACAUAUAUCCAGUGCAAUGUUACUCAGUGUCAAAAAGAGUGAAAUAAUGCCAUAUGUAGCAACAUGGAUGGACCUGGAGAUUGUCAUAUUGAGCAACAUACGUCAGACAGAGAAGCAGAAACACCUUUUGCCAUCACUUAUAUGUGGAAUCCAAAAAGUCGUGAUACAAGUGCUCUUACUUACAAAACAGAAAGGGACUCACAGAUUUAGAGAAUGAAUUUAUGGUUGCCAGGGGGAAAGGAUGGGGGGAUAGUUAGGGAGUCUGGGAUCAACAUGUAGACACUGAUUUAUUUAAAAUGGAUAACCAGCAAGGACCUCCUGUGUACCGCAUAGAACUCUGCUCAAUGUUAUGUGGCAGCCUGCGUGGGGAUGGGAGGGGAGUCGGGGAAGAAUAGAUGCAUGUACGGAAGUGAAAGUGAAAGAAGCUUAGUUGCACAGUCAUGUCUGACUCUUUGGGAUCCCAUGGACUGUAAGCUGCCAGCUCCUCUGUUCAUGGAUUCUCCAGGCAAGGCAGUACUGGAGUGGGUUGUCACUUUCUUCUCCAGGGGACCUUCCCUACCUAGGGAUCAAACCCAGGUCUCUUGCAUUGCAGGCAAAUUCUUUACCAACUGACCCAGCAGGGAGGAUAGAGACAUGUAUGUGUAUGUUAAAUCCCUAGCCUAGCUUCUUUGUGCUGCUCAUUCAGGACGCCUACAUUCCUCUCUGGGUGUAUAUUUCCACUUUGCUUCCAUUUUAAAUAAACAAACUAUUUCUCUAUAUGACUCCAGUAAUAACAUUGGUACCUAUUUUUACAGUUUUUGCCUGCUUGAAACAUUCUUGCUUUCGAAGACGGUAAGAGCCAAGGGAACUGCAUCUCGCCCCUGGUGUUCAGUGUCUAGAAUUCCUCAUUUUACACCAAGCUACCCAGAUUCAAUUCCUGGGCAGGAAACUAAGGUCCCUCUUUAGCACAGCUCACUGCUGUCUCUCUGAGAUCAAUAUUAGGGAAAUAUACACCUUAUAUUAUUACACCUUAUAUUAAAGUGUAAAUAUGCACCUUAAAUAUAUGGGUAGAGGGGCUUCACAAGUUUGUCAUGGGGGAUUUUGCCUCCACCAAGUGUUUUUUAAAAAAAGAAAGUCCUCUCAAAGUUAACCUGGUUCCUUCCCUCUCUAGGCCCUUUAAUGGCUAUUGUUGUUCUUUUCUUUCUAGUCCUUGUUUAUUUAACCUUUUGAUUGACUUUGUGUCUGUAGGAGCUACCAGUUUGAAAUAACACUCAUGGUGGCUCAAGGAAUAUAGCCCGUUCCAGUGGAGGGUGGCCCAGGUCCAUGUAGGUCCUUGUGAGGGACUUCUGCACCUUGAGGGGAGGCUCAGUUCAGAAGUAUUUUCCAGCAAUAUCAUCAGUUUUAAGAAUAAGGUCACAAUGCAGGGAAAAGUCUAAUUUUCCAAAAAUACUUCUGCUAUUUCAGGACUCAGGUAUAUUUUCUAUCUCCAGAGAAACAACUUCACUGUAUUUUCAGUGGAACAAAAUUUUAUGUUGACUGGUUCCCUUCAUAAUUUAUUACCCUAUGGGUGCUGAGUCAUGUUCGACUCUUUCUGAUCCCGUGGACUGCAGCCCUCCAGGCUCCUCUGUCCAUGGAAUUUUCCAGGCAAGAAAGAAUACUGGAAAGGUUCUUAUUUCCUUCUCCAGGGGAUCUUCCUGACCCAGGGGUCAAACCCAUGUCUCUUGUAUCUCCUGCCUUGGCAGGCUGAUUCUUUACCACUAGUGCCACCUGGGAAGACUUUACAGUUCAGUUCAGUUCAGUCGCUCAGUCGUGUCUGACUCUUUGUGACCCCAUGAAUCGCAGCACGCCAGGCCUCCCGGUCCAUCACCAACUCCCGGAGUUUACUCAAACUCAUGCCCAUCGAGUAGAUGAUGCCAUCCAGCCAUCUCAUCCUCUGUCAUCCCCUUCUCCUCCUGCCCCCAAUCCCUCCCAGCAUCAGGGUCUUUUCCAAUAAGUCAACUCUUUGCAUGAGGUGGCCCAAGUAUUGGAGUUUCAGCUUCAGCAUCAGUCCUUCCAAUGAACACCCAGGACUGAUCUCCUUUAGGAUGGACUGGUUGGAGCUCCUUGCGGUCCGAAGGACUCUCAAGAGUCUUCUCCAUCACCAUAGUUCAAAAGCAUCAAUUUUUAAGCAUUCAGCUUUCUUCACAGUCCAACUCUCACAUCCAUACAUGACCACUGGAAAAACCAUAGCCUUGACCAGACGGACCUUUGUUGGCAAAGUAAUGUCUCUGCUUUUUAAUAUGCUAUCUAGGUUGGUCAUAACUUUCUUUCCAAGGAGUAAGCAUCUUUAAUUUCAUGGCUGCAGUCACCAUCCGCAGUGAUUUUGGAGCCCAAAAAAAUAAAGUCUGACACUGUUUCCACUGUCUCCCCAUCUAUUUCCCAUGAAGUGAUGGGACCAGACGCCAUAAUCUUAGUUUUCUGAAUGUUAAGCUUUAAGCCAACUUUUUCACUCUCCUCUUUCACUUUCAUCAAGAGGCUUUUUAGUUCCUCUGUACUCUCUGCCAUACGGGUGGUGUCAUCUGCAUAUCUGAGGUUAUUGAUAUUUCUCCCAGCAAUCUUGAUUCCAGCUUGUGCUUCUUCCAGUCCAGCGUUUCUCAUGAUGUACUCUGCACAGAAGUUAAAUAAGCAGGGUGACAAUAUAUAGCCUUGACGUACUCCUCUUCCUAUUGGGAACCAGUCUGUUGUUCCAUGUCCAGUUCUAACUGUUGCUUCCUGACCUGCAUACAGGUUUCUCAAGAGGCAGGUCAGGUGGUCUGGUAUUCCCAUCUCUUUCACAAUUUUCCACAGUUUAUUGUGAUCCACACAGUUGAGGGCUUUGGUGUAGUCUGUAAAGCAGAAAUAGAUGUUUUUC